AUGUCUGGGAACGUCCUUCCGAGGUCUAGCUUGAAGGCCCCUCUAUCGUUGGGAGUUGGCCGCUAUAUUUGCCAACUAAAGCGCCUUACUUUUAAGUUUUGCAAAGCUCGAGGUGAUAGUAUUGGCGUUAGGGACUUUAUAGAAAAAGAGGUUGUUGAAUUCGCCCGGAACAAUCCAUCGGUUGUUGUAUACCUGAAACCCAGGCGACAUCGCUCUCCUCUUUUGGUUGCUGAAUACCGUAAGUGCCUGUCCAUGUCGUGGUCAGUCGGCCUUCUUAGCGGCUACUGUGGUGUUGCCAUCCCUUACGCGAAUAUAAUCAGAUUCGACUUUUAAGUGCCCCCAACGACCUCAUAUUUAUAGUCCACGCUAAUUUACCGCAGAGUUGAUUAUUAAGGACACAUACUGCAAUACUGCUGCCAUCUAUGCCAUAUUUAACACAUGGACGCCCUUAGUGAUAUUUAUUUACGAACCUUAGUGACCGCUCUUGAGUUCAAAUCUUGUGUUGAUAGGCCUCUUGAUAAAAAAUAACCCUUCAUUUUUCCAUUGGGCCAACAUCAGCGUGGCUGUUUGUCAAUCUCUGAUCGCGGACAUUUUGGCUCAUUGAGAGGAAACGGCUACUUGGGAUCAACGCCAUAUUAUUUUUUGUUUGAACCCUGCCUUCUUCCUUUACACAGGGUCGUGUUCACCCAACAGUGUCCAGGUCACAACUCGAAUCUCGUCUUCGGGCGGUGCCAUACAGUGAUGUACGGCUUUCUGAUGUCGCAGUAAAUCGGAUUUAAGCCAUCUAACUGCUAUAGGUAGUCUCUGGACCGUUAGCAAGUGGUUUUCGGGCACAACGCUGGUAGUGUAUAAGUAUCAGUGUUAUUCUCAAAGCACCUAUGUAGGUCUUGUGGGCUUCGAAAAUGAUGCGUGACAAUCAAUAUUUUAUAAUCUGACUUGCGUUCUUGAUUGCCACUGUAUUCUUUUGAUGCUGCCCCACAGCGAAGUCCAGCGUUCGAUGCGCCCAGGAAAACAGUGUUGUUUUCAUUGGCGGCUACUUGUUAACUUAUGGAGUCUUCGAUCACCAAUAAUUCUGACCAACACCUGUCGCCGAAAGCAACAAGAAUUGCACGCAGAUGUUCCAUUAAGAAGAUGUAGCCGAUAAGCCGGCACUAUAGGACCGACGUCUCAUCGUUACUUCGUCAUCAGUGUGACCCUCUGCGUUAGAUCGUUCAUCCAUUCAAACCGACAGAAUAGCAGAUUCCCCCGUUUAACCACCUGUCACUAGGGUAACCCACUUUGACUUCUGGUGAUAAUUGUCAUAAAAGGGCAAGGAGCUUUGUCGUGUGAUCGCGCUCUGUCACCAUAUUCGGAGAAUAGUUUGCUCUGCGAAGCCAAAGACAUGUUUAUUUGUACGCUGAAAAUUAGGGGAUUUAAUUCAGUCGGCAAUUUUUUGCUGUUUUAGUGAAUGGCAACUACCAUUAUCUGCGUCUGUCCAAAAUGAGCUGUGAGGAAAUAAACGCCUGGGUCGAGCACUUCCGUACGCGGUCCGGUGAAAAUAUCAUGCCCAUUUACAAGCCACGAAGUACAAAUAACCCCUCAAUCCAAGGGAUGUGGACUCCUUUUUCAUCUUCUCAUAAUUCUGGACGGUCUGUAAUGACUCCGUCGGAGAUUUUGGCUAAUCUUGAGAAACUAUCGGUCUGCGAGUUUGAACGAGACCAGUCGGCGGAGGAUUACGUGCGCGACCUGGACCAACGGCAGCGCCGCAGAAUUGCGAGCGAAUGA